CAACAGUACCAGUCACACUUUGUCAGUUUGCUCUCUCUCUCUCUCUAACUCACACCCUCUCCCUCCUCUCUUUCUCUUUGUCCCUCCCUCUCUCUCCAUAUCUCUCCCCCGACUGCUGUCCUGGCCCUUCUCUCCAUCAGGACAGGGAGAGCUAGCAAGCUGUCCUCUGCGGUGAACAGGACUUGGCUUCCACACUGGCAUCCAUUUGCCCGCUCUGAGGAGAACAGGAAGUUAACCACAGCAACGACGAGUCACUGAGAAUAGAGUCCGGCCAAGGUUUCCAGACGGCUUAUCAUCACAUGACAGGUCGAGGUUGAUAGCUUCGUGGAAGUAUCUCCUCCAUCCAUUCUGGAGCAGGCAGUCUCUAAAUACCAACAAGGGGUGAUUGGGUGAUACCACAGGGGGAAGCUAGUCAAAAUGCUUCAGGACAUUGGUGCUAGAGCCAUGGAGGUCUACGAGUUCCUCUUGAAGGGAACAGACCCGCGAUUGUGGGGCUACCCACUCAUGCAGAGUCCGGUGAACAUGACGGCCAUCUUGCUGACCUACAUCUUCUUCGUGCUGGUCGCUGGGCCUCGCUUCAUGGCCAACCGCAAGCCCUUCCAGCUCAAGGAGGCCAUGAUCGCCUACAACUUUACCAUGGUGGCGAUGUCAACCUUUAUUGUCUAUGAGUUCUUGAUGUCUGGCUGGGCCACAACAUACACAUGGAGAUGUGACGCAAUUGAUUACUCAGACAGCCCCCAAGGCCUUAGAAUGGUUCGAGUGGCCUGGUUGUUCUUGUUCUCCAAAUUCAUUGAGCUCUUGGACACGGUGUUCUUCGUUCUGAGGAAGAAACAUGGCCAGAUCACCUUCCUGCAUGUCUUCCACCACUCCUUCAUGCCCUGGACCUGGUGGUGGGGCGUCAGCUUCGCUCCCGGGGGAAUGGGCUCUUUCCAUGCCAUGGUGAAUUCCAUCGUCCACAUCAUCAUGUAUUCUUACUACGGCCUGUCUGCGGCUGGACCACAAUUCCAAAAGUUCCUCUGGUGGAAGAAGUACAUGACCGCCAUCCAGCUGGUUCAGUUUGUGAUGGUGUCCCUUCACGCCACCCAGUAUUACUUCAUGAAUAGCUGUGACUACCAGGUCCCCCUGUUCAUCCACCUCAUCUGGAUGUAUGGCACUUUCUUCUUUGUGCUCUUCUCCAACUUCUGGUACCAGGCUUACGUAAAGGGCAAGAGGUUGCCCAAGCAGGAUACCAAGCCCAGCCUCAAUGGCAAGGCCAACGGGACCACCUUGGUCGCCAAUGGCAAAUACCAUGAGAACAGUACCAGCAAUGGCACCAGCAACAGUUCCAGUCACCACAAAAAUGGCAGUGCCCAUGCGGACAAGAUGAAGAAGUCCUAGGAUCUUUGGAAAAGAACAUCCAAGACGCAUGAAUAUGAGAUCCCCCGCACAAACGACCAUGGAUUCCAAAGAAUGUUUUGGUUAUGUUUAUUUUCUGAUCGUUAAGUUUUAUUCCGCACCUGGGGAAAUGACGUGGUCAAUGAUUUCCUCAGUUGGGGUCCCACAUUAACAGUUUUUAAAUUUAAACUGGGAAACUAACUAUGGAACACAAUGUAUGAAGAGAAGACAUGUUAUUAUGGCCUAAUGUUAUCUUCACUGAUGUUGCCAAUGAAGACAGUUCCCAUGAAAGGUUACACACUGUAUGUACAUGUGCGCACAAACACUCCUACACCCACUCACCUGUCGCCACACGAUCAUGUCCCUCUGACCCCUUGUGGACAGAUUACACUGUACAGUUUCUAUCAUCAAACUUGAACACACCUUUGUAAAUAGUUUUACUGUCAAAAACAACUAAUGAUGGUAUGCUUUAGAAUUUUGUUACUUUAUCUAUGUUAAAUGAAAUACCAAUAAAUGACAUUUUAAGUAACUGGUA